GGCCUUUUUAUUACAUUUUUCCUUUUUUUUUUUUUUAUAUCUUCUCCCGGUAACAGAAGAACUAUCAAACUGUUAAAGGAAUAGAGAAUUCCAUGAAAAUUCCUUAUCAUGAUAUGAUGAAAGAGGUUCGCGUGUUGCUCGUUGAUCACGACAAAGAGUUUGUUAUUCAGAUGGUUGACUUGCUAAAGUCUUAUGCAUAUAAGGUUACGGCGAUUGAUACAGCUUCCGCAGCCAUGAGAAUUCUCUCCAAAGGAAAGGAAAAAAUUGAUGUGAUGAUAGUAAAUGUCUAUUCACCUGAUUUACUUUCUUUUCAACUUUUGACUCAAGCUGUAGCCUUGGAUAUUGUUUCACUUGUUAUAUGUGAUGAACACAAUGAAUUCUUAGCAAAGAAGGCUUUGGAAGAUGGAGCUUACCUGUACCUAAAGAAGCCACUUGACGAGGAAAUUGUGGAAUACUUAUGGCAAUUUGCAUUGAGGGAGAAAAUAAAAAGGGGGAAAUCUAGGGAAAGAUUAGAAGAAAAUGAAGAUCAUACAAAUGUUGGUGAUGCUGAUGAUAUUGGUAACAAUAAUAUUGUUGUAGAUGAAGAACAAGCUGGAGAGAAGAAUACUCCUAAUACCGAGGAACCAAACAAUAAUAUUCAGGAGGCUAAAAACAACAUCGUAUCAAAUGAGAAAUACAAGCUGAGGAUGAAGAGAAGUAGACAAAGCACAAAACAGAUUAAUGAAGGAGAGAGUCAGGGCAGUGCUAUUAAUAAGACCGUCAAGCGAAAGGUGUGCACAAAAUGGACUGUGGAUCUUCAUGCCAGAUUCAUGGAUGCUAUGCACCAACUUGGUGAAGGAAGAUGUUACCCUAAAGAGAUUCUUGAGGUGAUGAAUGUGCCUGGUCUUACCAGGAUGCAAGUUGCAAGUCAUCUUCAGAAAUGUCGUAGCAACAAUUGGAGAGCUCCAAAUAAGCGAAAAUUUAUUUGUAAGCCAUCAGAUCAAGGAUCCUCAAGUGGUUCUCAAAAAACACGUAGCUUUAGAAGAUUCGGGGCAAUGCCUCGUCUUCAAACAAAUGUUCCAAAUAUGCAACAACAUCAGCGUAACCCAGAUCAAACCCAAAGAGGCCCAGAGUUUCCAUUUCCAACAAUCAAUACCGACAACAUUUUUGCUGGAGGAGAGAGUUCAAUUCAACAGCAGCUCUAUCACCCACAACAUCAAAUUCAACCCCACUACCUCAAUAUUGACCACCCAUUCAAUAACCCAUUUUUGUUGGCCCAAAAUAAUGCUAGUGGUGAGCUACAACAACAUGGAUCAUUAUUAGGAAUGUUGGGUUCACAAGGACUACAAGACCCAAUUAUUGGGAACACUAGUUAUAGGUCUGGGUUGGCAUUUAACAUUGAGGAUCAUCAUACUCAAAAUGACUAUAACUUGGAUCUCAAUGUGGCCCAUGUAACAACAUGUCCAGGCAGUGCAAUAAUGUCUGAUACAAGCAUUCAAAAUGCGACAACGAAUGAAUUGGGAGCAGUAAAUGCUAAUUUCCAGCAAUAUAUUACUGAAUCAAACAUGUCUAAUUCAAGCGAUAUUAUCGUGCCAUCACAUGCAAGUGAUACUGAAGGAAGUGAUUCAAAUGAGAGGGAAAAUUAUGAUGCGUAUUUCGAUUUCAAUAAUGUGGGUUAUCUUUUCCAGAAUCUUGAACCUCCAAGUGCUAACCUACCUAAUGAACAUGACAGUGAGUUUGAUCAAGUUUACUCUAAUGAUCAGGUGGCACCGACAACAAGUGUCCAGUUUCCAGGAAUAGCAAAUUGUUCUGACGAAUCAUCAACAUGAUGAUCCAAUGCUAUUAGAGAAUAUUAGUGACAAUUCUCAUAAGGGCUUUUUGUAGUGACAAUGUUGUUUUCUCAAGUGAAAAUUGCUUGUUUUCUUUUUUCUGGAGACUAUUAUGUUUCGUUUGAAAUGGAUUGUUGGAACUAAUGGUAUUUGUUUUUUUACCGUUCAGAACUAAUGGUUGGUAUUUAA